AGGCGUGUGCGCGCCCUUCUUUCCGUACUUCCAGCGGGGAAUCGCGCAGCCGCCCGGACCUCCCUCCCCUGCCACACGCCCCUCCCACCCCGCCACCACCUUCGCUCGGCCUGACUUCCAGCCGCGCUUUCGUCUUGGGGCUCGUUCACCGGGCGCUUUUCCUGUCUAAGCAGGCAGCAGCUUCUUCGCAGUUAAAAAUAAAAGCCAGAAGGGAAGUUGUUGCAAAGUGAAAGCCUCCUAGGAAUCGUCUUUCUGACUAGUAAACCAAAGGGCUCUCCAAAACCAAGAAAUACAGUAACCGCUUGCUCCGCCCCAACCCUCAAUUUCUACCUAGCAACGGAUGACCGAACCUCGCCUUGUAGCUAGGCUAUUGGCCAACUUGAAUCUUCAUCUGCAAUUUUGAUUGGUCAUCCGUGGUAGUCCGAAUGUUUCCAAUUGGCGAAGCUGCCACGGGCUCCCCUCCCCCCCGUUGGUCCGCAGAGGAAGCUGGAAAGGCGGGGUCGUUUCUGCGGGAUUACUUUUCUGGGAUCGCUCCUGAUUGGGCGGCGUGGUGCGAUGCGCGCGACCCUUUAGACAACAAACUGUCCGGACCCUGUCCUCUGGGUGCUCCCACCCGUAAUCGGAAACCCAGGGGCAGACUUCCGGGCUAGGGCCCUUGCAGAGGGCGAGGGGUGGCCGCGGGCUCGGGCCACAUUCGCCUGGGUUUCCCAGCUCCGGGCACCGACAUCAACGAGUGCUUCUGGAAUAAACGUGCGAAUAAAGAGCCGGGACGGAGGCAAGUCCUUUAAACUUCUCUGAGCAGUUGUCCCCGCCUACUUUCUUCCACUUCCAGGUCAGGGAGGUGUGUCCCCAAGAAAGGAGGAAGCAAAUUCCGCCGGCGUUCGCACGCCUGCCACAGUUCCUCGCGAGCCCUUUGCGUUUUCGGGGUCUCCUGACUCCGGAGCAAGCACUUACUCUCUGGCUUUACUGUUCCCACAUCCUCUCACUGACUCGUUUCCUGCUCUACUAGAGUUCCGCAAGACCCCUGGGCGGCGGAGUCAUGGACAAGCGCCUGCAGGAGGCUCAGCUGUACAAGGAGGAAGGGAACCAGCGCUACCGGGAGGGGAAGUACCGAGAUGCUGUGAGUCGGUACCAUCGCGCUCUGCUUCAGCUGCGGGGUCUGGAUCCCAGUCUGCCCUCCCCGAUACCCGAUCUGGGACCCGAGGGCCCGGCUCUCACACCUGUUCAGGAAAGCAUGCUGCACACCACCCAGACAGACUGCUACAACAAUCUGGCUGCCUGUCUCCUUCAGAUGGAGCCAGUCAACUACGAACGAGUGAAAGAAUACAGCCAGAAAGUCCUGGAACGACAGCCUGAUAAUGCCAAGGCCUUGUAUCGGGCCGGAGUAGCCUUUUUCCACCUGCAGGACUAUGACCAAGCUCGGCACUACCUCCUGGCUGCUGUCAACAAGCAGCCAAAAGAUGCCAAUGUCCGGCGGUACCUCCAGUUAACACAGUCGGAACUCAGUAGCUACCAUCAGAAAGAGAAGCAACUCUAUGUGGGCAUGUUCGGUUAACAGAAGAAUGACGCUUCUCCACUUGAACUUCGGGGAAAGUCUCAUCCAGUGAACCCGACCCUCGCAGGAGACACGAGCCCCACACCUCUGACCCAGGUGUCUGUCUGUCUUGUUUCUAGUCCUGCACAGAUUCUGAACUACUUACCCAGUCUGCCUUUGUUUUUUUGUCUGUCCAUCUAUAUAUUUGUAUAGCUUUUAAUACAUGGUAUUCUUGGGGACAUUUUCCCUGAGAAUUACAACCAGAAUAUAUUCAUCA